UACAGCAGCGUGGAAACCACCGUCAGUGUCAUCGUGCCUAACCGCGACGCAGCACAACACCAGCGAAACACCUACGGCAGCCUCACUCCACAGCGACGGCACAGGCCACGGUUCUACAGUGCAGACAGUGGGCGCUCCACACCUCAGUCCGACCUGUACUUCCUACCCACGCUACGGCGGAAUAGGAGAGUAG